AUGCCUCUUCCCCCAGAGAUCAUCGACCAAAUCGUCGACCAAUAUGUCUCAGUAGCCAGAGUCCAGACCUUUCAUGAGGUCCGUGACCUCGAUGAGUGGGUUAACUUCACCGGCGGCCGGGACUCCACAGCGGUAUUCUACGGUGGGGAGAACGAGCCUUACGAAUCGACCUUCUUUCGUACGGAUCUAGACCUUCAGGCCUUGUUGACUUUGCACCUUGUAUCCCGCCAGUGGAAUCGCUCUGCCAAUAGGCUCUUUCGGAGGCAUCUUUGGUGGAACAUCCGCCUCGAUGACCCCGACCUGAUCAAACGCAUUGCAGCCUGUUGUGGCGAUCACAAUGCCAGUCUGAGCAGUUCAGUGAGAAGUCUGAACCUUGAGGACAUGCACGACUUGAAUUCGUUCUCGCGACUCUACUCCUUUGAUUGGCAAGAGUAA